AGAACGAUCAUCGCUGCUCUUCAGAAGUUUUCCACCAUCUAAGGGUGUGUACUAGCAACUUACUCGUCCACUACGUACCACGUUGUAUUUAACGCUAAGAGGCUUUCGUGUUGAAGAAGAACAGACUAGUGGUCGUACUCCUCGGCAAAUACUAACUUCUUACUUCUUCUAGUACUAAGUAGUCAAGAAAAAAGAACAAGAACGUCCUGGUUCUGUCGUAGGACACUCCUUACUCAAACAAAAAAAAUGUUGUCGACAGUCUUUAAAGUCUGCGCGUUGGCCGCUCUCGUCGACGCUCGCCAGAAGUUUUCCCCGCGUCAGACCGCGUUCACCCAGACUGCGGAAUUCCUCGCGGCCGCGGAUGAAAAGGGAAAAUGCACAGAGGCGGAACACUACAAGGCGGCCUGCCAUGAGGGGACCAAUGAUGAUGCAGAGAAAAUAAAAGCCAUUGAUGCGGCGGCACCAAAAGGAAAUGUGAUCGCGAAGGGAGCAAAGAAGGAAGACGUCAAGGCCGCAUGCUGUCCCCCGCCCAAGUCCGACGGUGGAAGCUGUGGCUCCUGCCGCUAA